CAUGACCGGAAGCGGAAGCUUCUCAAAGAAGGGGCUCGGGUAGAUACCAGGUGGAGGGUAAAAAAGUGGUGCCUCAUUAAAAAGGAGCCCAUUGGAAACACCAACCCCUGAAAGAAACCCCAAACAGUUAGAAAUAACAACUCAAAGAGAGGCCCUUGAAGCAAAGAAGGCCCAGCAGACCUAAGAAGCCCAGGUUUCUCAUCCUUCUCGGCUUUUCUCCCCUCCUGGGACUGGAAUGAUGUUGGCAAAUCCACAGUCGAGUCUUCCCUGUUGUGAUGGAGUGGAACUCGAUCAGGGCCCAAUUGCCUUUGAGGACGUGGAUGUCCAUUUCUCCCCGGAGGAGUGGGCUCUCCUGAGUCCUGAUCAGAAAGCAUUGCACGUGCAGGUCAUGGAGGAGAUUCAUGGGUUGGUGGACUCUCUUGCAGAUAACUGGAACACCAAACACAGGAAGCAUUUGGGACACAGUGGGGGCCUUCUGAGACGCCAGCAAACCCACCAAGAAGAUGGAGGUUCUCCCAGAGAAAAGCCCUACAGAUGCAAUGUAUGUGGGAAACGUUUUGCCCAAAAUAUGGCUCUUGUGCGUCACAAGACACUCCAUGCUGGGAAAAAACUUUUGAAAUGGAAAAUAUUAGGGAAACGUGUUGUUGUUGAUUACAAAUGGCCACAUAUGGACCAACAAGAAAUCUCUGAAGGAAUGGAGGGUUUCAUAUGCCAUGAGUGUGGAAAAUGUUUCACUUCCAUGUCCGUAUUAAUGAAUCAUCAGGAAAUCCACACACGAGAUAAAACAUACAAGAGCCAGGAUGGUGACAAAUCAUUUCUCCAGAGUUCACACUUGUUAAAACACGAGAGCUUUCACAUGGGAGAAAAAUCAUACAGGUGCCAGGAGUGUGGGAAGUGUUUUUUUUACAUGCCACACUUGGUGAGCCACGAAAAACUUCACAAAGCAAACAAACUAUAUCAGCAUCAAGUCAGUGUAGACUCUUUUUCCCAAAAGCCAUCCCCUGUGACUCAUGAGCAUACAGAACAUAAAAAAUACAAGUGCCUGGAGUGUGGAAAAUGUUAUAUUCGGGAUUCAAGCCUUAUGACCCACCAGAGAGUCCACACAGGAGAGAAACCAUUCAGAUGCCAGGUGUGUGGCAAAUGUUUUCCUUGCAAGUCAUCCCUUCUGAGACACCAGAGCAUCCACACAGGAGAGAAACCAUAUAAAUGUGAGAAGUGUGGGAAAUGUUUCGCCCAGAAUACACACCUUAUAGACCACUUCAGAUCCCACACAGGAGAGAAACCAUACCAAUGCAAGGAAUGUGGGAAAUGUUUUGUUCGAAGUUCAUCUCUUGCGGGCCACCAGAGAAUCCACACCGGAGAAAAACCGUAUCAAUGUUCAGAUUGUGGGAAAUGUUUUGCUUACAGUUCAGACUUGUUGAGGCACAAAAAACUUCACACAGGAGAGAAGCCAUACCAAUGCCAGGUGUGUGGGAAAUUUUUUGCUCAGAAUGCACACCUUAUAAACCACUGGAAAUCCCACACAGGAGAAAAACCACAUAAAUGUCCGGAGUGUGAGAAAUGUUUUGCUGACAGGCGAGGCUUAGUAAAUCACCUUAGAAUCCACACAACAAAGACACAUCAGUGUCAAGAUGAUGGAAACUAUUAUUUUGCAAAUGCCACCGGGACUGGCGCAGCUGGCUGGGAAUCAGAUGCAUUAAAUCACUGCUGACUGAGAGGUCAUGAGUCUGAAGCCAGCCUGGGUUGGAGUGAGCUUCCGACCAAUUUGCUGUUGACCUUUGCAGCCUAAAAGAUAGUUGCAUCUAUCAAGUAGGAAAUUUAGGUACCACGUAUGUGGGGAGGCUAAUUUACAACACCAUAAAAAUCUCCAGCAAGCAUGCAAAGAAUGAGGAAGUACUUCAUCAGUGUCACAAAUGGACGGUGAAGCGACAGCUCCCCUGGUGGCCAGAAUACCCUCAUGAAAAAGCUGGAAUAUUAAGUAGCCUCUGUGUGUCUGUCUAUAUAUGUUGUGUGUCUAUGACAUUGAAUGUUUCCCAUGUAUAUGUACAUUGUAAUCCACUCUGAGUCCCCUGCGGGGUGAGAAGGACGGAAUAGAAAUACUGUAAAUAAAUAAAUAAAUAAAAUAUCUUGUGACCCAUGAGAGACUCUGCAUAAGAGAUAAACUGUACUGAUACCAGGAUUAUGGGAAAUGUUUUGCUCAGAGUUGUUCCUUUGUGAGCUACGAGAGAAUCCACACAGCUGAAAGCCCAUACCAUUUGAACCACCAGAGAGUGCCUACAGUAGAGAAAACAUCCAAAAAGCUGGGACAAAAAUAAUAAAAUGAAUUUCAAUUGGGAUAAA